AUGAAAUGGCGGGUAGCUUUAGUAGGACUGUGGAGGCACAACGGGAGGAUACCGGUGCCCCACUUUGACGUAGGCAGGCGAGGGACUCUCGUCGAGUCACACACAGCCUGCUUCCCGGCAGGUUGUCAAUAA